AUGACCCAGAAUCUCCUUAUCGUCCGGGGUUGCCAUGCUAAGCAUUGGUAUCCUGCGUUUAGGUAUAACAAUGACAUGAGUCGGAGCUUGUGGAUUGAUGUCGUGAAACGCAAGACUUUGAUCAUCCUCAUAGACGAUUUUCGCAGGGAUCUCUUUGGCAAUGAUCUUGUCAAAAAUGGUCGGAGCCGCCAGGUCGACAGGUGGCUCAGCACCCUUCUCCGCUGCCAUCGCGAAAGGAUUUGGGCGGAAAGAACGCUGGAACAAGGGCCGAGCUCUUCGCUGGAAGGGGAAGCAGGUCAAGUGAUUGAUAGAGUUUUGUGCCCGAAGAGCAAAUCUGGCCCCGCUGACGAUGAAUGCCAUGCUAAACGUGAUGCGGACUGUGGCGAUGUUGUUUUCUUCCCUUCCUCGGCCAGAAUUGUGGUGCAGGACGGGAAUUUUCGUGGAUGA